AUGGAAAUGAUAUCAAUAUUUGUUUUCUUAGCCACUUUCUUAGCCUUUGUCUUCCUAAAACCACUCCUAACACGAACCACCACUACUAAAGUUAAGCCACCACCGUCUCCUUGGCGACUUCCGGUGAUCGGAAACCUCCACCAGCUGAUCAGCCUCCACCCUCACUUCGGUUGUGUCCCUAUCCUCGUAGUCUCAUCGGCUGAAGUAGCUCAAGAAGUGAUGAAAACACACGAUGUAAAGUUUUCUAAUCGCCCAAGAACCAAAACGGUCGAUAAACUUUUCAAUGGGAGAGAAAUAGCCUUUUCUCCCUAUGGAGAAUAUUGGAGACAGGCUAAGAGUAUCUGCGUUCAGAAUCUCCUUACCCAAAAAACGAUUCAGUCCUUCGAGAAUAUAAGAGUAGAUGAGAUCAAUACGAUGAUGGAAAAGCUUGAGAAAGCGAGUUCUUUGUCUUCACCUAUAAAUCUAAGCGAACUCUUUACGACUCUUACAAACGAUGUAAUAAGAAGAAUUGUCGUUGGGAAAAAGUAUAGCAGCGAGAGAGGUGAUGAUUAUAUUUCACAUGACAUUGUGAUGAAAUUCAUUGAGAUCUUGGGUGCAUACCCUCUCGGCGAUUUCAUACCAGUUUUGUCGUGGAUAGACAGAAUCCGAGGUUUCGAUAAGAAAGUAGAGGAAGUAUAUAACGAGAUUGAUGUUUUGUUGGAGAAACUAGUGCAACAACAUGAAGAUGCAUAUGAAGGUAGGUCAGAUAUUCUCUAUAUAUUGUUAUCUCUACAAAGAGAUAAGACAACACCAAUUGAGCUAGACAGAAGCGACCUAAAACUCAUUUUAUUGGAUAUGCUGUUAGCAGGAUCAGUGACAACUUUUACGCUACUAGAAUGGACAAUGACAGAGCUUAUGAGACAUCCUGAGUGUAUGAAGAAACUUCAACGUGAGAUUCGUUCUGGGUCAGCGCAUAAUUUAUAUGUAACGGAGAAAGAAGUUGAGAAGAUGAAUUAUUUAAAUCUUGUGAUCAAGGAGGUGCUUCGACUACAUCCCUCACUUCCAAUAAUUCCACGACUGUUGAGUGAAGAUGUCGAGUUACAUGGAUAUAACAUAGCUGCGGGAACGCAAGUGCUAAUCAAUGCAUGGGCAAUCCAACGAGACAUUGCAACUUGGGGACCAGAGGCAGAAGAGUUUAAGCCAGAGAGACAUUUAGACAUGCUGGUAGAUUUUCAAGGAAAAAGUUUCAAGUAUAUUCCAUUUGGUUCAGGGAGAAGAGCAUGUCCUUUAAUCAGGUUUGCAUUAGCCUUGGUGGAAGUCACAUUGGCCAACCUUGUGAAACGGUUCAACUGGAGGGUCGAGGUAGGAACAAUGGGAGAUAAUAAGCCUGAUCUUACUGAAGCAAUUGGUCAAGAUGUUUGCCGCAAGUUCCCUCUUAUCGUAUGUCCAUCUUGUGUUUGA